UAACAUCUGAAUACCUAUAACUUUAUAUAAAACUUAUUAAUAUUACUAAUGAUAUUAUUUUUUGUUUAAUCUUCUAUUUAUGGAAAAAAAGUUUAUAAAUUUAAUGUCAAACUAAUAAUUGGAAAUUAGUUUUAACGAUCAAAAGUUUCAUUCAAUACGAACUAUAAAACUGCGUUUAAGUUAUUUUGUUAUAUAAUACUAUAGAGUUUAGAUUGAAGUUAAAAAAUGCAUUACUUUGUGGCCAUAAUUACCAUAAUUGUGAUCUCGUGCGGCAUAUGCUCGUCAAAGAUCACAAUUCGUACCAAAAGACAAGUGGAAAGAGAGGGCAACUUGAAUGAGACGACUACUGUUAUUGCCGGCGAAUCGGGUCGAGAACCGAGCGAUCGAGACUUUGAAGUGGUUCCAGCAAAGGAUGACGACAAGACUGAUGUCAUGGAAGUUGAUUUCGAUCCAAACGACGGGACGUUUGCUUUUGGUGGCAAAUUUCCGUCGUUUUUCAACCGAAACUUUAACACACACUAUGAUGAUCUGUUCCGACAAAUGACCAGAAGAUUUGAAGAAAUGUCUCGGCGUAUGUUUGAACGGUUCAAUGCGACCACCAGUCAGUAUCCGGAUAACUAUAACGGAACUAAAGAAGAGAUUGUUACCAUCGAUGGCAAACAGUAUGUUAAGAAAGAGCAUGUCAUCAAAAAAUCCGACGACAAUCUUAAUAUAUUCCUUACGUCAACCACCUAUGAACCGGUCGAUGACAAGACUAACGAAGACAUAUAAUAUGCAAAUAAAAAAAAUGAUUAAAAUUGUCAUUAAAUUUUGCAAAUAUUUUUGAUUUUAUUUUGCUAUUUAUAUUUUAUUGGUAUUACUGUACUUAAUGAUCUGUUUUAGUAUUAUAUUUCCAACAUUUUAACAAAUAAACUAUAAUUUU